AUGAGUCCAAGUAAAUUUAAAAAUAUCAACGUGGUUGAACCAAGCGAAGAGCAUGUGCUAGGUACACUCGAUCCGGUAUCAGGAUCUUCUGCCUUGAAUGUCUCAUCAGCAGGUAGUCCUUCCAGAAUUGAAUACUAUAAGAACGAGAACAUAUAUUCCUCUCUGAGCCCUACAUCCCAGCAUUCCGAGCCACCAUUUCUGUAUAAUAUCAAAUUUUACCGCUUCAUGAUUUGCGAAUGGUUUUACAGCUAUAUUGACCAGCCUUUGUUCACAAAGGAAAACAAUAAUUUCGAGUUUCUUGCACUAUUGAAAACCUACUUUCCUUUGCUAUACACUCGUUCACUAAACGGGAUAGAAUGGAAUUAUAUCCGCAAGAGGUUACAGCGAGUCGUACCAGUCCGUCGCACGUCAAGUGCAUUCUUUCUACAAGAAAGAAUCCGUCUUGAGCGUUGUCGAGAGAAGAUGCGUUUUCUGAUGGAAAAUCAAUUAAUCGAUUACUUGGACGAUGACUUACCGGUGGUCAUCCCACGGCCACUAGACGUCGGAAGUCUAGUAAGGGCGACACUCUUCGAACCACAGUACGGCUCGUACGUUGGCACUGUUAUCAGCAUUGAACAACAUGGCAGAUUGUAUCGAGUUCGUUUCACUAUCGAUAGCUUUCAAAAUGAGGUAGAAUUGCCCGACUUUCGGUUGGCUCUCGAGCAGAUACCUUUGCAAACUGAAACAGCCGAGGUUGUUACUGUCCCAGUGAAACACAUCAGACAAAUCGCAUUGCUCCAGCAAACCGUCCACGAGAAAAAUCAGCUGCUCGACGAAAUGGAAAAUAUUCGGCUUAACGCUGUCGGACGCCGCGCAAUGGGCGUUUGCAUGAUGGAGCGAGAUCAGGAGCAGUCCCAAUUGUAUAUCGAGCUUAUCAAAAAGCUUAUCCAGCUAAAUCGAACCCUGCUACAGGUAGUGAAGCUAAUAGCCUUCGACUACCAACAGUUCAUGUUCGAACCGUUGGCCACGGACAGUGAGGAGAACAACUUAAUCGUCGAAAACCAAGUAGAAGAAAUUGCAGAACAACUAUUAGAUGGUUACGUAUUGGUAAAAGAAGCAUCUGCUAACCCCACAGCAAAAUUACUAUGGAGUACAACUAUGCAGCAUCUUUACGGACGACCGGACUUGCUGAAGCAGUUGGAGAAGUAUCUGGCAUCUCAAAUUGGAACUGUUUUCAAUCCCACUAUGCCAAGUUCUAGCUAG